AUAGUCGAUUUUCAAACGGAAGACGAGAGCACAACUUUUGGGAUAGACGACGGGACCAGCGGGAAUCGAAACUGAGAACAGUUGUGCAACUUUGGAUUCCUCUGAGCGAUUUCGUCGUUGAUCAACAAUUCGAAUGCGGUACACGAGCAGUGGUAAGGGAAUCGCCCAAGUGACAGGAAGCGCGGCAAACCCCUAAACCUCGAAUUUGUCUGGACAUCUCUGCUCUUGGGACCGAAAGGAACGCCGGAAGGCCUUGAACCUUCUGUCAACGAGAGCUCGGAUGAGCAUAUCUCGAAACAUGGCCAGAGUUUGGGUUCGAGCACAGGAUGGAGGAACGAGAAAUUAAGUCAACGUUUUCAGGCCGCGCUGCAGUCGCGGAAUGUGGUGUUCAGUAGAUUUGAUAUCUUUUAGAGGAGAUAUGGCAGCAGGAGUUUUGAAAGGGUUGGAUAGUCCAGAUGUACACGAGUUUUAGCUGUCUUCUACAGUAAUUGUCAUUUGAAGGACUGGAGAAUUUUCGAGCGCAAUGGAGCUCAAAGAAGUGGAACUGAAGGUGAUCGACGAUGUUAUGUUCAAGAGAAUUGGAGUGGAUGUCCCCAUGCUCCCGGACGCUGAAGGUUUCUCUUCGGAACAGCUUCCAGUUCGAGCUCUGGCAGUCUCCAAUCGAUUUGGUUACUGUCUUUUCGCACAUUCACGAGGAUUCAGUGUUGCAAAAACAGCAGACUUGAUCCUAGUUGCUGAAAAGCUGAAGGAUAAAAGUAAUGCCGGCCAAACAGCUCAAGAAAAGAGCGUUGUAAAUGUCACUGUCGCCAACAUUCGAUUUUUGUCACUUUCAAAUGAUGAACUCACAGUUGCUGUGUGCUCUGGAGGCAGCGUGAUGUUCUAUGACCUGCCAUCCCUCGUCCUAAAGUCAGAUACAUGCCCAUUUGAAGUACGCAAAGUUGAUCCCCUUGAAGAUACGCACGCGAAAGAUUUUAGUUGGAGUCCAGCAGGCGGGGACACGUACCUUAUUUUAACAAGCAAUCAACAACUGCUCCUUGGGCGCGUUGGGUUUCCUCCAGAGAUCAAGGUCAAGAAGGGUGUCGUAGCAGCUUCCUGGAGUGAGGACGGACAGCAUGUUGCCUACGUAUCUGAAAACCGCCAAUUGAGCAUCACGACUUCAACUUUUGCCAAGACUUUCGACAUAAAACUUCCAGCAUAUCUUUCAGACGAGGAUGUGGAUUCUGAUUUGACCGUGGAUGCAAUUAGAUGGGUGCGCUCAGAUAGCAUUAUUGUUGGAUAUGUGAGAGUCAAUUCCGAAGGAGAGGAGGAUGGCUAUCCACUUUUUGUCGUGACAUCGACAAACGGAACUCUUGCAGAGGAGCAUAACAAAAGUCUGGGGCUCGUCUUCUAUCAGCUCUUUCCCAGUAUCGAAUCUUUUGUUGUCCCUUCAGGCAGUGGGCCGUACAUGCUAGUUGAUUACCUCAAACCAUGGGAAUUGGUGGUCGCAGCAAGCAGGAAAAGCAUCGAUGAUCACAUUGUGCUUGUAGGUUGGCUACCAGAGAAUGGAAGAGAUGAAGCGUUCAGUCUAGAACUUGGUAAUGAUUUGUGGCUACCAAGAAUUGAGCUGCAAGAGAGUGGUGAUGACAACGCUAUAGUUGGCCUAGCCAUUGAUCGCACGACGGUUCAAAUCCAGUUAAUUGAUCCCAAAGAUGACGCUGGAGAGGAGAAGCUGCCUCCUUCGCCUGUUUUGAUCUGUGUAACUCUUGAGGGGAAGUUGAGUUUUUUCUCUUUUGCAAGGCUCGAUGGAAAGUGGAAUGUCCCGAACCUAGUUGCAGCACCAUCUGACAUGCCAGAAUCAAAGAGAUCGUCUAUACAGGGCUCACAAGCCAGCGGGAAAAUUUCAAGUGCAACCAGUGUUACCUCAAGCAAAGGAGCAGACGAUCAAGCUCGACAAAGGGCUCCAAAAGCAGCUUAUGUGGCCGAGAUAAAAGAAGAUGAAAAAUUUUCUCCACCUGCUAGUUCAAGCAGUCCAGACAAAGGGGAUGUGAAAGAUGGUACUGUAUCCUUGUUUGAACGAUUUACUAGGCCCUCCCCCUCUCCACUACCGAUCCCUGUACAAAAAGUGGAAGGUCCAAAAUUGGGACUUGUACCUGGUUCUGCUCAGUCAGGUCAAUUUCAGAAGGCCGAAAUUCCAAAACUGGCGCUGAUAUCUAGUUCUCAUGAUAGCAGACAGCCUAGUACAAACCCCGUUUCAGCUCUUAAAGAUCACAAAGGAGCAGAGAAUGUUGGUAAUGCUUAUGAAGGCCUGUUCCGCCCUUUCGAGGAUGGCUCAAAGAGUGGAUCAGGUACCAUAAACAGUAGUUUUCCAUCUGCAUUCUCUUUCAGUGAAUCCGCCAGAAGUAAUGUUUUUAACAACACAGGCUCUUUCCAAAAUGAAGCUAUAACAGUGCCUAGUUCUGCCUUGGCCUCGUAUAGUCAACCGACGGGUAUAUUUCAGAAACGAACCGACAAGGUUUCAGCAACCCGACCUGUCUCUCCUCAGCCGCAAAGGCAAUCUCAGUUCCCCGCAACGAGUCCUUCUAUCCCAUCAAACUCAGGUUUACCUGGCAAGGGUGUACAGGCUGGAGCUAAUGCAUUCAAUACUGGUGCUGCUGUCUUUCCAGGCAAAGGAUUUGACUCAGGUUCCAUGACAAAUCCACCAGGUCCGUUUAGUCAGGCCGGAAAGAGCUCGCAGAUUACAAAUAACCAGACACAGAGACCCACCCCUAUUAUGAGAACCUCAUUACCUUCAAGUGCAGGCCAAGACAAACAAUCUCAGGGACGAGCAAGUGGUCUUUCAGAUAUGGAAGCGGCAUUUAUUUCGGAACUUGAGAAGGUUAGAAGAAUGGCUGAAGAAGUCGACCAGCUGAUGUCGUACAUCGAAGGACGAGCAACGAAGGACAAUUUUGAAAAUGAUUACACCUUCACGAGGCAGUCCUUGGAAGAACUCGAGCAAGCCAUUCACCUCCUUUCUGAAGAAAGCAAAGCGCAUAGAAGGCAACUCACGCAAUUGAAGCAAAGUGUUGAAGAUCUCCGAGAUGAAAGCUUGCGAGUUGACUCCUGGAGGAUCUACGCAAAGAGCUUAAUGGAACAGAAAAACGAUAGCCGGCAUCUAGAGCUGUGGACGCUGCAAAAAUUGCAUCCAGAACUAGAUAUAAAACGGAAGAGAGUAUUGAAAGCGGACCAGGACUUAAAGCUGAAAAUUGCGGAAAUGGAGAAGCAUGUUCACAACUUGGAACUAAAACAAUGGCAGACUGAUAGUGCUCGAAGAAGACCAAACAAACAAGUGCGCACUCCUGGGCAAUUUCUUUCAGUGCAAAAUCUCUACAAUACGGUGAAUGCUCAAAUGGCAGUGGCAGAGGAGCUUUCACUUUCUCUGGCGCAGCAAAUGGAGACCUUGAAUAUAAACUGGUCAUCACCUGCCAAGGGCCCAAAGAAGUCAACCGCUGCUUCUAUUUUAGAAUCUGUGGGGGCACACCCCAACGAUGUCAGAAAUUCUUAUGUGACAUCAGACGGGCCGAGUCCAAUCUCGAGGCAACGUCUUACCUAUUCUCCCGUACCUAAGGGGGCAUCAACAGGUGACAGAAUGACAAUGCCUGAGCUGUGUGUUAACACACAGGAGACCACAAGGAGAAGAAGAGACUCCAUGGAUGCUACCUGGGUCGAGAGUGGAGCUCCGAAGACAACGAUCAAGAGACCAGUGCAUACGAAUCUCAAUCAGGGUUUUGCAUCUGGUAAUUCGAGUUUGCCUACGUUUAGGCAAGGUAAGGGAAAUGUACCCGAGCUAUCUUCUAGAGAACCCUGGUCUCAACCUUUUCGACCUGUUCGACAAAUUCAAAAUACGAGGAUGGCUACACAAACCACGAACGCAAAUCUUCCUGCUCCAAGCUUCGAAAAUGGCAUAUCAGGCCCUGUCUCUGGCCGAAUGGGAACUUCGACGUAUGGUCCUCAGCGACCAUUGUCGCAACCAGAUCAACAAAGACGAUCAAGUUCAACGUCCCCGAAUGGAGAAGUGCCUCUAACUCAGUCAAACCAAUUCGCCUUAAGUUCUUCAUCAAGCAAUGCGGACUCUAAAGAGAGCCUCUUCAAGUGGGCUAACAACCAAGUCUCAGGACCUAAAGUGAAUCCAGUAGCACCUUCUUAUACCGUUAAUAAGCAAGGCACUGGCGGAGGGUUCGAUGUUCCCGGUCUGGGUCCCACCGGCAAGGUUACAGCAAGUAAAUUGUUUUCUUCAGGUAGUACUGAUGGGACUGCUGGAAAUGUUGGGGGAAACUUUGCGUCGGCACCAGCAACGAAGCCACGUCUAUUAGGAGCUUUUGAUGGAGCUGGUAGUGAUUUGACUGGGAAGAGUGGUGUAUUUCCAAGGUUAGGGACAAUAGCCAGUAAUAAGUACGGUUCUGUUUCUUCAACUGGAAAUCUGGUGGACGGCUCCCGGUUAGAUAAAGACACGAACCAAAAUAUGGUUCGAAACCCUACAGGAGGAUCAACCCCGUCCUUAACAGGGCCUGGCUCAACUCCUCUUCUCACCGGAUCGAAACCUCAACCACUUCUUACAGGACCCUCACCUCCUCUACUUUUGACUGGAGCAACGUCUACAGGUGGUGCUGCGGAUAGGAAGUCUCAAUCGCUUCAGGCAUCAGAAAGAAGAGUCGAAUCAGAACAGGAUUCAGAGGGAAGGUCUGACAGAGAUAGUCAUUUCCUGACAACCUCGAAACAGCGUCAUGUAACUAGCUUUCCCGUGCAGAUACAGAGCUCUACUUCUGGAACUUCUCACAACACUCAAGCUCUGCAACCGAAAGAACCGGAAAAACAGUCGGACGAGAUGAAGACUGCUUCUAACACUCCGAGUAUCUCCGGUCCAACCUCUGGAAGCAGUGGAAAAAGCUCUCUCGACUUCAGCUCCAAGUCAGGAGCCUUGGGAUCAGGAGGCUCGCAGUCGGCACUCACAGUACCUUCUUCACCAGGGUUCAAUUUUGCAAUUCCUAGUUCUUCAGCGCCCUUUUCUCAAUCCCAAGUUUCGAAAUCAUUGUUCUCGGCAGGGAACAACCACCCUGUGGUGCCUACGUCACCGGCUAACAAAUCAGGCCCCGCUGCCCAUCCACCGUCGAGGUUUGAAGUACAAGGAAACACAAGCACAACGUCAAGCUCGUUUCCUGUACCUUCAGUCAAUACAGGACUUAUAUCUGGAGGUGCAGGUUCUUCUCCCGGAGUACAAGCAUCUAACACAUCAAGUGGUCCUACUUCUUCAGCCAAAUCACCUUUUACAGUCGCUGCAAGUGCCCCAACACCAACUCCCGUUCAAUUAGCUGGGUCACCUUUCACAUCUUCCAGCCUUCCUACGACCAGCCAUUCAGCUUCUUCACCUUUUACAAUCUCGAGUGCUUCUUCACCAUCUCAAACUACUGCUUCGCCAUUUUCAUCUUCAAUUACCUCUGCACCAUCUCAAACCACUGGUUCACCAUUUUCAUCUUCAAGUGCAGGUGCACCAUCUCAAACCACUGUUUCACCAUUUUCAGCUUCUAGUGCGGCUGCACCAUCUCAAACCACUGGCUCACCAUUUCCUGCUUCAAGUGCGGCUGCACCAUCUCAAACCACUGUUUCACCAUUUUCAGCUUCUAGUGCGGCUGCACCAUCUCAAACCACUGGCUCACCAUUUCCUGCUUCAAGUGCGGCUGCACCAUCUCAAACCACCCCCUCACCUUUUCCAUCUUCAAGUGCUUCGGAACAAUCUCAGUCUGCUUCUCCUUUUGCAUCUUCAAGUAUAUCUGGUUUCUCGACAUCAGGGACGCAGAUGACAUCCGCUUCCUUCGGGCAGUCAAGCAUGUGGCCAACAUCAGGUCAGCAGCCCUUCAUGUUUCCAAAUUCCAGUUCCAUGGCUCCGGCUACAUCCAUAUCUCCCACUGCACUAGAGAACAAUGAAGAUGAUAUGGAAGAGGAAGCAAGCACGGAAGGAAUUACGAGUCUUGGAGGUGGAUUUGGAGGAUUUGGAGGGCUUGGCCUUGGUGGCGCCAGUACACCUUCGCAGACCCAAAAGACCAACCCAUUUGGAGGCACAUUUUUUGGAAGUAGUCCAUCUCAAACUUCGACUGCACCUUCUGGUGGACAACUCUUUAGACCAGCCGCAUUCAGUCUGCCUGUGGCUCAGCCUCAAUCCUCACCGCAGCAAACAGGAGGCAGUCCCUUCGGAAGUGGAUUUGGUUCCUCUGGAUUCUCACAGGGCAACCUCUUCAGUUCCGGUGAUGCCGGAAAGUCCUUUGGAAGUCAAUCACAAUCUUCUCCAGGUGGCUUUGGGCAACCUGCACAGCUUGGACCUGGGCAGCAGGCCCUUGGCAGUGCUCUUGGGGCUUUUGGACAGACCCGACAAGUGGGUUUCGGCACUCCGAGCGUUGGAGGCGCAUCUAUUUCAGGCUUUUCGGCUGCACCCCAAGGCGGAGGGUUUGCAAAUGCUGCAACUGGUGGAGGAUUUGGGGGUGCUGCCACUGGUGGUGGAUUUGCAAGUGUCGCAGCAGGUGGUGGUUUUGCUGGCUUGGGAUCAGGUGGAGGUUUUGGAGCCUCGUCAGGUGGUGGAUUCCAAAGUUUUGGUAAUCAGGGUGCCCAACCUGGGUUUGGUACUGGAAUGCAACCUGCGCAGGACUCACUGUUCACAAAGAUGAGAAGAUGAUAUGAUCUCUCGUAAGGAGAUUUUGGUCUGAGCAAGCAAACUAGAAAUCUAGUUUAGUAACGUACUCCUUCACAUAGAUUUGUACACUGUUAGGACUAGCUUUUCACUGAAUGAGCAGAUUUUCUCAUAUAUGGUCACUGUCCAUUCUAGAGAAUCUACAUCACCCUCACAACUGUAGUUGAGGAGUUGUUUGCGCUAGCUUAUGGAAGAACAUAAGGAUAGGCUUCUAGGUACCGUAUGAAUGAGCCCGCAAACGCCGACAAUCACCGAUUUUAUCUUAGUGCAAGUGCUUGGAGUACAAAUACCAGGAUUCCUUAUCUGCUUUCUGAAGAUUUGGAAAUGUAUAUUGAAUUGAGUUCUUUUAAAUGAGCGCUGAAAAGAAUUGAACCUCAGCAUGUCUGUUGACAUGC